CGAGCUUUGAGAGGUGAGGGAGAAGAGGAAGCUCUCGACCGUGGGGAAGUGUGGGUUCUCGGUUGUUCGCUGCUUCGUAACGACCGAACUGAAAGUAUUGUUGGUACCAACCAAGCCACCACAAGUUAGAUAGCAAAGACCAACACCAACAGACCACACUCAUUGCAUCGACCAUCAGUUACUGACUGUACCACUCUGCUCUAUUAUCGCAUUAGCUCUUCACAGUACCAGUAGGUCUACAAUCAAUCAACAAUGUCAUCCCUGUUGGUUGUGCUUUCCCUGCUGCUGCUGUUCGCUUUGGUCCUUGUUCAAGGCAUGGAUAAUAGAGCAGUGGUAUCUAAUGAUAAAGAUAAUGAACUAUCAGAAGAAGAUGAAGAAGACCGAAACCUGCUCAUGCUGACCAUGUCUCCUGAAGGCGACGAUCCGUUCAAGAACAGUGGCUUGUUUGGUCAGAAUCGUACCCAACCACCGGAAGAAGUGGUUCGACUUCGAUUCGACUUGGAUUUGUCGGGCAGUAGUACUACUGCUGCGAGUGAUGGCGACUUUGAAUCGUUUCUGUGUCACUUGGAUGCCUACUACAGUCAAGCCGUGGGAGGCUCUACCGUAUAUUUGAGUCAUGGCAAGUGGAUGAGGAAUUCCAUUGUGAUUGUGGAUGCCUUUGUCUUGGGCAUGACGGCCGACGAACUCUUACUGGAACUCGAUAUCAGUACCGAUAAGGAUCGAAUGAAUGCAUGGAUGCAGCAACACUACAAUCCACAAGAACCGUAUGCGUGGCAUUCGACUACUACUGCCAUUACCAAAUGGGAAGGAAAGGUCGUUCCAGCUCCCACCAACUUUCGUCGAGACUACUUUUCCACGGCGGACAACUGUGGAGUCGCACGAGUGACACUCCAGUUUGAAUUCGACGACGAUCUACAGAAUCCCACCACACAAGAAGACAUUGAUAAUCUACUCUGUUCCAGUAGAGCCUACUUUACGGUACUCUUUGAUCAGCUGUAUCACUAUGUACAACAGCAACAAGGAAACAACUACUACUAUGAUUCCGUUCACAUUGAUAUUGAUCGCAUGGACUUUAAACUCGACUCAUCGCCUUCUUCUGGAGUACCACUCACGGUCGACUUUGAUCUACGAGCGAAUCUCGCAUCCACAUCACGACGAGUCCCCGCACUCCAAGUACUCGAAUGGAUGCAAUACUCGUACUGGGACGAGUACAUUCAGGAAGCCGUGUGGGAGACACAACCCUAUCAAACCAGUCCCUUUUUCAACACCAAAAUCGUACAAUACUACGGACACGUCCGAACGUUGACCGAACCAUUGCCCGCCGCGACGCCAGAUACCACCAACGAUUGCGACGGCGGUAUCAUGAUGGUCCCCGAACGACACUACUAUUAUAACAACAGUGACAACACCGAUAUUACUACGAGCUGGAUGGUCGAAUUUGGAUUUCAAGAUGGAUUUGCGGGAGCGGGAGUGCCACCCACACCACAAGAUGUUCAACAACUAUUUUGUCAAACAUUCUUUCAGCUCCAGGACAUGCUCCAGUUGCCACCACGACAGCAGCAACAACCGCCAAGACCCCUUACCACGGCACAAGCACGACCACAGCAACAACAGCAACCCUACCAUGUUCACGAAACCUUUGUCGACCUAGAAUUGCAAUGUUACGAUUGGGUCUACAAUCCCGAUUCGCCCUAUCCCUUUCAAUUCUUCUUGACGGCACACGCAAACAUCCAAACAACGUCUUCCGAAGAAGAUACUCGUCGUCGCGUCGACCCACAACUACUCUGGGACAAGAUGCAACAACGCUUUGUCGUACAAGGCUUUUUUGACAAUUACGUUUGGAAGGGGAAUCCGCCUGGAAGUUACUUUUAUCAUGCCGAUGAAAUACGCAUGGAUGGAGGCGUCAUUCCAACUACCAAUGUUACAGGCACCGUAAAACUGUCGUCGAAUGAAUGUGUGCGGCAGGCAGCGGCUCGUCCCCAAACAAGCGGUAGUGGUGGUGGAGGUGGAGGAGGCGGUAGUGGAGGAGGCGGUAGUGGAGGAGGCGGCUUUACGCUGGGUGGUGUGGGACAGGGAAACAACCACGUACAGCAACAAGAUGGGGAUGAUGGUCCUGGUAGUGCCGAACGAGAAAGCGGUGACAACACGGAGGAGAACAAUCAAGAAGGAGGCGCAUAUGGAAACAGCAACAAUCCGGGAAAUCUUGCCAAUGGCUCGCCCUUUCGACCCAUCAAGUCCACUCCAAAGGUUACCAUUGCUUCCAGUGCCAUUGCGGUGCAUGGGCCCGACGAACCCGUUAGUAAGGACACGGAACAACUAUCACGAGCCGUCAAGGACAUGUUGUCGGAAAUGAUUCAAGGGAGACCAAAGCGUGGCACUGUUGGCGGCAGUGAUGAUAGCAAUGCUGAGGAUGAAGAAGCAGAAGACCAAUCGGUAGCCUCCAAGACAACUGCUAACAACAACGAGCCACCCAAGACAAGGGGCCGCCGUCUUCAGGCCAACAUUGACCUUGAUACUGUGUUUGUUGGUGAACCUGAAGCGCCCAAAGACUGUUCCUACUACUUUGGGCAACAAUGGCACGACGACAGCAAGGUGUGCACCAGAAUACCCAUAUUGUAUGAUGUCGAGGUUGUCGCAGAGAAUCCCGUUGAAGUCGAAAACGAGUUUGUCGUCAUGACCCAGGUCGCCAUUACGCAAGGGUUACUCCAAGAAAAAUUGACCGAGAGAGACCCAACUUCCAGUUUGACAAUCGUGCCGGACCCCGGGAAAACCUACACUGUCACCACAACCGUUGUAGCGCAGGUGCAAUCCUCACCACCACCGUCACCUGCGCCGUCAUCGAGUUCUGAGGACGACGACGACAAGAAGAAAGAUGCGGAUAAGCCCCCAGGUUGGGUGAUCGCUGUAAUAGUGUUGUUGUCCGUUGCAAUCUUGGCAACCGCAGUCCUGAUACUACGGAAUCAUCUGAAAUGGCACAGACAGCGGCGGCAACGGCAACAGCAAACAGGCGAAACUGAUUUGCUCAAAACCGAAGAAAAGGAGGCAUACCAUCAUGUGAUAUGAAUGUAAAGUAUAGAUAGUACCGUAUUCCAUUUUCAACAGCUGCAGUCCCUCCAGCUAGCUCCAUUUGCGCUGGAAGCAUACAACGCCAUGUGGGAGUCUUUGCUAAUGAUAACUCCAGCUAGCCAACUACUAGGCAUUGAUGUACCAGUGGAGUGGCGACAACUUUGAAUGAAUUCAUGAAGUUUCUGCGCCACCAGUGCAUACCGGUAGCGGGCUGCAGGUGUGCAGCUGUUGGCUGCUGGCUGGCUGGAGGGCUGUGGGGGAGGUCUCACACCCGCUUUACAAGUGACGACCGCCUCACCUUAGAUGUUGGUGUUGACUGUAGAAAUAAGGAGCGGUUGGCGGUUGCCGCCGCAUCUCCAGUCAAACUGUUUUGCUGUAAUACCCGUUCUUUCUAACCCAAACACACAGUCAGUUGUCCGACCGUUCAAGUCACGGCGAGAGAAGACGCCAGUUACUGUAGCUGGGUCAUGCGCAUGCUUGAGACAGCCAAGGGGAGGAGGGAAACGUCGCUGUUGAAAGAACUCCACAGUCUGGAUACCCUGGAAACGAAACUGGGCCUUUAUCGGUCUCAGAAAUGGCUUGUUCGGGGGGGGUGUAAGCGUAACGCGAAGACCUGAGUAACAGCUAUGCUGCAACCAUCUCCAGUUGGCUCCCCAGUUAUGAAAUGAACGAACCGACCCCUGUAGAUGAUUGCAUGUAGAGUCGAUGACCCGUAGCCAUAUCCAGGCAGGCCAUUACCUUCAGUCUGAUG